UCUAAAUAAGGAUUUGUAUUUUUCUUUGCAAAAAAUCAAUUAUAUCAAUAGGAAAUAUACAGGAUUUUAUAUAAUAAUUUUAAUGACUUUAUCUUAUUCUCGUAAUCGGUCAAAGCGCAAAACAAGAUGACGUGGGACGUAACACUUGAUUUCGAGUACGUGGUGACAAAGAAGGCUCCGCCAAGGAUCGCCUUCGGAACAGGGCUAGAUCGAGAGGUUCUACCUACAAAAGGCCCAGCAAUGAGCCCAUUUAUGCGAAGGCUGCUGGGAGAAACAAGGGACAGCUUGGGACCAGGCAGCCAUGAUCCAAAUCGUGACGCGUUUUACGAUCUUACGCAUAGGAUUUACAGCAAGUACGGCGUUGGCGCUAAAUCAUCACGUUGGAAGACAAUAAGAGAAUACCAACCACCUCCACAAAAACCACCGAAAAUGAAACCAAUGAAGAAAAACUGCGCUGCUUUCAACUCCACCUCCAAGAGGAAGGGCCUGUUCACAUCGACAGCCUACCCAGCAGCCUGCGAUUACGCUCCGGAACACAAAAAGAGAGAAAUGAAAUUCGCAUACAGUUUUUCCGGACCUAAAGUUUUACGAUGCGCAGUUCAGAUAAAAUGCGUGCCUUACAACUUAGAUGCCUGUGGGUAUUGCGGAUGCUCGUGUUCGGCCCAAGGAGACUACUGGCAAUACGAGGACCGAAUUUUUUUAUGUAGACAACAUUAUAAUGAGCUAUUCACGAAUUGCCUAGCUAAAUUCCAGGGCGUUAGAUUGGCAGAGUUCAAGUCCGUGAGAGAUUGUUUCUUUGCUCACGCCCACAACAGUUGUAAGGCAGCUUUGAAAAUAAUGACGAUUGAAGAAAUCACAAAGAAGCUGCGAAAGGAAGCCUACCUUGAUCUUUACUUUCCACAAAGAAGAUUUUGUAACAAUUAAUCGUAAUUUUUCAUAAUAUAUAUUUUUCUUAUAAAUUAUAUUAAUGACUUGUUAAUAAAAUUAACAUAGGUAGCUGCAAUGUCGAAAUAAUAAAUGAUCAAGCAUGACUUGAUAAAAAGUUCAUAAUUACAUAUACAAACGCUUUGUUACUAUUUUACCGAUAAAUCUGUACUCAUGCCAACUUUGUUCUUAUCUAUUUAACAAA